GUCUUCUGAUUGGCUGUGUUCAGGUUCCAGGAGAAGAAGAGAGUCUCUCAAUGACUUGAAAGUGACAGAACGGAAGAGUAAUGUGGAGGAAAUGAAAGAUGUAGUGCUGAAGGAGGAUGGGACGAAGGAGGAGGGGACGAAGGAGGAAAAGAAGAAAGAUGCAGUGCUGAAGGAGGAGGGGACGAAGGAGGAGGGGACGAAGGAGGAAAAGAAGAAAGAUGCAGUGCUGAAGGAGGAGGGGACGAAGGAGGAAAAGAAGAAAGAUGUAGUGCUGAAAGAGGAUGGAACGAAGGAGGAAAAGAAGCCAGAACCCAAGGAGGAAAAAAUGGGGCGGAUCAACGGUCUGACUCUGGAUGUGCAGAAAAUCAAUGGCUCCUACAGCUUCAGCUUCCACAUGGUGAUUGGCCAGUUGGAUGAGGGCCUGUACAACCUCGACUUCCACUACUGCGAGAACAUUCUGCCAGGCAACAACCGCCCCUACACUCUCAACGUGGAGGUGACGGAGAAGAACCCAGGAGGUUACCUGUCAGCAGCAGAGAUCCCUCUCCCUCGUCUCUACAUCUUCAUGGCUGGAGUUUUCUUCAUUAUAGCCAUGGUCUGGGUUUACACACUGCUGAAGCACAGGUACAGUGUGUUUAAGAUCCACUGGCUGAUGGCAGCUCUGGCCUUCACCAAGUCCAUCUCCCUGGUUUUCCACAGCAUCAACUACCACUUCAUCAACACGGAGGGACACCCCAUAGAAGGAUGGGCCGUCAUGUACUACAUCACCCACCUGUCAGUCUGGGUGAUGUUUCAGUCUGGGUUGAAGGGGGCUCUGCUGUUCAUCACUCUGGCGUUGAUUGGUACUGGCUGGGCCUUCGUUAAAUACAUCCUGUCAGACAAGGAGAAGAAGAUCUUCAUGAUCGUCAUCCCUCUACAGGUUCUGGCCAACGUAGCCUACAUCAUAAUAGAGUCUACAGAGGAGGGCUCUAGUGAGUACGCCCUGUGGAAGGAGGUUCUGUUCCUGGUUGACCUCAUCUGCUGUGGAGCUAUCCUCUUCCCUGUUAUAUGGUCAGUAUACUGUCAGAAGGUGUUGUUCCUGGUUGACCUCAUCCUCUUCCCUGUUAUAUGGUCAGUAUACUGUCAGGAGGAGGUGUUGUUCCUGGUUGACCUCAUCCUCUUCCCUGUUAUAUGGUCAGUAUACUGUCAGGAGGAGGUGUUGUUCCUGGUUGACCUCAUCCUCUUCCCUGUUAUAUGGUCAGUAUACUGUCAGGAGGAGGUGUUGUUCCUGGUUGACCUCAUCCUCUUCCCUGUUAUAUGGUCAGUAUACUGUCAGGAGGAGGUGUUGUUCCUGGUUGACCUCAUCCUCUUCCCUGUUAUAUGGUCAGUAUACUGUCAGGAGGAGGUGUUGUUCCUGGUUGACCUCAUCCUCUUCCCUGUUAUAUGGUCUAUUCGUCACCUACAAGAGGCUUCCAGCACUGAUGGGAAAGCUGCCAUGAACCUGGAGAAACUCAAACUAUUCAGACAUUACUACGUCAUGAUAGUGUGUUAUAUCUACUUCACGAGGAUCAUCGCCAUCCUGCUGAAGGUGACGGUGCCUUUCCAGUGGCAGUGGUGUUACGAGUUCCUAGUGGAGGUGUCGACUCUGAUCUUCUUUGUGUUGACGGGGUAUAAGUUCCGCCCGGCUUCCAACAACCCCUACCUCCAGCUGCCCCUGGAUGAGGAGGACGUGGAGAUGGACGAAGUGGUGACGGAGUCAGGUAUGUUGGAGGGCAUCUCUAAAGUCAAGAAGACAUCUAAUGGUCGCGAGCGCCAGAAAGAGUCUACCUUGUGAGAGUGUUUGUGAAGGAGAGGGGGGGGGAUGUUCUAAACACCCAAAACCCUCAGCGUUGGAGAGAAACGAGGACUGAAAUGGACUAAGGCACACCCUUUACCCCUCUCCUAAAACACUCCCCCUCGAUCUGAAACUGAGUGGCUGUUACUAAAGCAACCACCGCCUCGCUAUGCAACAAGACGAACGAUGACAGACUUUAGUUGUCGUUGGACCUUCUCUCUCUCGUUUAUCUGGAGACUUUCUGGAGGCUCUGCACCCCUGCCUGGUGUCAUAAUGGUUCAUUCCAGGGAGAGAAGUCUUCCACCCCCCCCCUCCCCUCGUCGAUGGACGAAUAGAACGGUCUGGUCUGGGGUAGAAUGGACCUCUAAUGACCCCUCUCUCUCUCACUCCCUUUCCCUCUCUCUCCUUUUCUUCUCUCUGGAGAACGGAGGAAGCGACACUCCAAAGAAGAUCGUUUUCCAGAUGUGUGAUCGGUAUAUUUUAUAUCCAGAGUAUCCUGUUCUGUUUUAAUGUGUCCCAACUGGGUGUGGUUUGGAACCCUGUUCCUGAUGUAGUGCACUACACUGGGUGUGGUUUGGAACCCUGUUCCUGAUGUAGUGCUCUGCACUACACUGGGUGUGGUUUGGAACCCUGUUCCUGAUGUAGUGCUCUGCACUACACUGGGUGUGGUUUGGAACCCUGUUCCUGAUGUAGUGCUCUACACUACACAGGGUGUGGUUUGGAACCCUGUUCCUGAUGUAGUGCUCUGCACUACACAGCCUCUGUUUAUUUAAGUGGUACUCCUGUUCUGUUGGACAACUUAGGCUGUAUUUUGAUGUGUGUUUUGGCUUUGUGUGUUUCUUCCAUUGGGAGGUGCAGUUUGAGCCGUCUGCCUGUCCAACAGGGGUUAUCCAACCUUCCUUUGUAGAAGCUGGUAUGGGUGCAGGCUUUAGCUCCCGCCCUGCAGUAAAACCUGUUUUCAACUAAUCAUUUUUUUAACGUUGAUUUAAUUAUAGUUAAGUCAAAUUCUAGUUAUCAAUAAAGAACAGCUGAUUCAACUGA